UCCCAGUUAGACACAUGUGAAUGUCUGGAUACAUCAACCCUUAAUUGCACUUGGCAGCUAAUGCGCCAGCAUCUGCGCCGACCGCGUAACGGACACUCAGCAGCUGCCAUCGGCUCCUGCAUUUAUGCCAUCGGAGGUAGUUGGGAGGAGAAAACGGUAGAACGUUUGGAUACCUCAGACCCUGUAGGUGUCUGGCUUUUCGUCGCGGAAAUGCUAAACGAGUGA